AGCCGCUCUGUGCUCCUCAAGCUUGGGUCAGGUGCCCGAGGCGCUCCCUGUCCUGCGCCCUUUCCGCCGCUCCAGGGGUCGGGAACGGACUCCCGGCAGCAGACUCCCCCGGGAUGGACGCGGCCGCCGCCGGCCGGGGCGCCGCCGUGGCGCGCGCGGACUCGCACGACGCACUGGAGCUCGAGGAGAGGAUGCGUCGCGCCGGCGAGAGGCGCAAGAGGCUGAGCGACCUCGAGGGCAUGCACCUCGUCAGCUGCACCACCCAGUGGAGCUCGUGCAGCGAAGGCGAGCACGCCCCGUGCGGCUACGCCCGCUCCAGCUCCGACAGUUCUCUGGACUCCGAGGAGAGCGCCAGGAGCGACUUGCCCAGCGGCGCACCUGGCGACACGCACGGGGCUGGAAUGGAUGAGUCCUUCGAGUAUCCCUUCGGCGACGACGACGAUGACUACCAGAUCGAGGCUGCCGUCGCUGCGGAGACGCCGGAGGGGCCCGUGCUCUCAGGAUCCUGCGAGAACGACCAGGGCUGGAGGCGAAGGAAGAGUGACGACGUCGUCGGGGACGACGAGGGCGAGACAGCCUGGACUGAGUCGAUGCCCUUGCCCUCAGUGGGGUCGCAGCUGCAUGCCAGCGGGCAGUGUAAGCCGUGCGCUUGGUACUGGAAGCCGGGCAGCUGCCAGAACGGCGCGAGCUGCCUGCACUGCCACGAGUGCCCCGAGGGCGAGAUCCUGGAUCGCAAGAGGAGCAAGGUCAAGGAGCUGCGCCUGAGCGGCGUGCGCAGGGCGGCCACCGACGGUGCCUGCCACCAGGUCGUCUCGAGGAGCCUGAGCGCCCGCGUGCCCGCGCCCACGCCCCUGGCUCCGCCCGGCGACUUCACGCAGCCGCGCGCGAUGGGCGCGACGCAGUCGUUGCCGCUGCCCCCGGGCCUCCAGGCGGCGGCGCUGGCGCCGCCCCCCGGCUUGGAGCUCGAGCCGAUGGCCGUCGGGCGCGACGCCUCGGCGGCGCCCCUGGAGGCCGCCCCUGCGCUGUGCCUCCCGUCGGUGGGCUCCUCGCUGCACGCCUCGGGCGCGUGCAAGCCGUGCGCGUGGCACCUCACGGGAGAGCUGGCGCGCACCCCCGCGGCCCUGCGGCUGCUCCUGCAGCUCCACGGCCGCCACGAGGAGUGCCUGGGCCCCGGCCGCCUCCGCGAGUACGUGAAGACCGGGGGCGCCGAGGUGCGCACGCUCGCGGGCGGCGUCAGAAUACCCUGGGCCUCCUGGAGAGCGGUGGCCGUGGAGGCCUCUGCCUGCCGGCGCAAGCGGGCGGGCGGCUGCCCAGAGGUGCAGGACGUGGACCGCGGCGUCGAGGCGCUGCUGGCCUGCCUGUCGAGCGGCGCCGACGCGGCCUGGGCCCAGCCCGAGGACCCCGCGAGGCCGCUGGGCGGGGCCACGGCCGCCGAGGCCGCGGCUGAGGCCGUCGGGCGCGUGGCGCUCUUCGCCCCGGAGUGGCGCGGGGCGCUGCGGCGCUGCGGCGCACUGGAGGCGCUCGCGCGCUGGAUCCGGUGCGGGCAGGCGCCGCGGCGGCUCCAGCUCGGGCGCUGCUCGGAGCGCUCCUGGCCCGGGUUGAAGUACCUCUUCUGGGCGGCCGCGGCGAUCGCUGGCCUGCCCUUCGUGGCGGCCGAGAUGCGCCUGCACAUGCCGUUGCCACCGAACGACAUCCUCGACGACGACAUCGACGGCGAGUACGCCCUGGUCGGGGUCGAGCGGGGCGAGGACGCCGACCUCUCCUCGCUGCUGGGCCUGGUGGUGGACUCGCUGCGGACGCACCAGGGCGUGCAGGAGGUGCAGCUCGUUGCCGUGGCCAGCGGGCGAGCCGCCCGCCGCCUCGCGCUGCUCGUGCCCCUCGCGCCGGAGGCCGCCCUCCGCGGCGCGGCGCCCGCGGCCGCGGCCGCGGUGGUGGCCGCGGCGCGGCGCUUCCCGCGCCGGCACGACGUGGUCGGGGGCGCCUGCGCCGCGCUGCGGGCGCUGUGCUCGCUGCCGAGGCCCCCUGGCGGCCCGGCCGAGCCGCUCGGAGCGGCGCUGGCCGAGGAGGGCGCCGCGGAGUGUGUGGAGCAGGUGCUGCUCAACUUCGGCGGGGGCCGGGGCAGCAGCGAGCUCCUCGAGGACGCCGCGGCGUCCCUGGCCCUGCUCCGCGGCGUCGGCGCGGUGGUCGCGCGCGCCGGGGACUGGCCGCCGAGCAGCCCGCUGCGUGCCGCGGCGCUGAAGGCCCUCUUCGAGGUGUGCCGGGCGGACCCGCGGCUGCUGGCCGAGGACGCUUGCGAGCACGCGGCGGCGGCCUGCGCGAGGCUGUCCGCGGAGGAGGCCGACGACCCGGGCAGCCGCCUCCACGAGGUGGCCGCUCUGCUGUGCGGCCUCUGCUCCACCGUCGCUGGCGCGGCCGCUGCCGGCGCGGCCGCCCAUGGCGGGCCCGGCGAGAUGAGAGGGCAGGCCCCGGCGGGGCGGUGGAGGCUGCCCGAGCCGCUGGCCCAGGAGGUCCUCCGCCGCUACGCGGACAUUCUCCGGGUGGGGCAGCUGUCGGUCAACGGGGAGGACGUGCGCUGGGAGACCAACGCGUCCACCGAGCUUCAGCUCGCCGCCUUUUGCGCCGCCUUCUGCGGCGAGCUCCGGCGGCUGAAGGACCUCGAGCAGGUCCCCGACGGGGUGCUGGCCAUGGCGCCCUAUUGGCUCUGCAAGGCCGUGAGCAUCAAUUAUGCCCUCAUCGAGGUGCUGAUGCUCGUGCAGGAGGUGGUGGGCAAGAUGUGCACCAUCGAGACGCGCGCCCCCGGAGGCACGAGCAUAGUGGCCUACUUCGUGAACAUCGUGCCCUCGGCGGAGGGGGGCAGCCUGCAGUCGAUGCACGUCGAGAUGCAGUGGGCCGUCUCGGACAACAUUGUCUACCGCGACCCCUGCACGGCGGAGUCAAGGGUGAAGGGCAGCCUCUCUUCGCUGGCCACCGACAUCGGGCUGCCCCCGGACCGCAGGGCCACCACGAGCGUGUACCUCCUCAAGAUGAGGCUCAAGCGGUCCAUCGGUGCCAGGCUGAAGGUGCACAGCGACCGGUGGCCGGAGGACAGCGGCGAGGUGGAGUUCGAGGUCAAGCAGCCGCUGCUUCCGGAGACGAUGCUUGAGCUGGGCGGUGCCGGCGGCCCCUGCGAGCAGAUGGGCCUAGAGCCGCUGGACCUGGCCCGCAUCAACUCCGCGGCGUCCGCCGUGUCCGCCUCGCCGCUCUUGCCCUCCCCGUGGACGAUACCGCCCUCGCCCUCGCCGCUCGCCAAGUUUGGUUUCGCUGGCGGCAGCUUCCGCGGCCCCAGCUCGAUGAGCAGCUUCCGCGGCCAGGCGGCCAAGACCAGGACCCCCAUCAUUCGCAGAACGAUGGUGGGCGGCCAGGAGACGGUCAGCUUCUGCGUCCGCGUGCACGCCCUGCGCGCCGAGGGCCUUUCGAGGAGCGGUACCGUCGCGGGCCGCACCGAGUCCACCGUGACCAUCUCCUACGGACCCGCGAGAACCCCGAGUGGGGCGACGCGUGGGUCUUCCCCGUUAAGGAGAGGGACACCCGCGGGGAGGUGCUGGUGGAGGUCUUCGACGCCGUGGAGCGCGGCGAGGGGGCCCCGGGGAGCAGCUGCGUGCUGCUGGGCUCCGCCAGGCUGCCCGUCAGCGAGGCGUUCAAGGACGGUGGCAGGAGGGGGCUCAUCCACCCGCUGCCCCUGGACUGCCCCGCGGGCGCCGGGGGCGCUCAGGAGAGGCAGCCGGAUCUAUUUGAGGCUGGAGGUUAUCGACAUCAAGUGCCGGCGUCGGCGACUGCGCAGGUGGCCGCGGCCCGGCGGCGUGCCGCGUCGCAGCGGCCCGGCGGGCCAGGCCCGCAGAAGGGGAGCCUGGCGGAGCCUGGCGGCAAGGGCAGCCCCGAGACGAAGGGCCGCGCGCUCUCGACCUGGUCGCAGCGCCGCGCCGCUCCGGCCACCAGGAGCAGCCUGA